GUUCUGACGUACUAAAUAAAAACAUUGCAUUGGACAACUCAGUUCGUUGUGAAUUAAUUUAUAAAGAAAAAAGGAAAAUUCAAAUUUAGUUUACAACCCCUAGAUAUAUACAUGUUCGAAACAAAAGAUUGAUAGACUUGGGAGAUGUUAAUUCAAAAUUUGCUAAAUUAAUGCCAAUUGUUUGAAUAGAAAAAUUUGUUAAAGAAUUAAAAGAUAGAGUACAGAAAGCUCCUGGUGAAUUUUGAUGAGGAAUGGACAGAGUCCAUGAUUCUAUAGCCUGGUAUCAAAAGCAGAUUGGUUCAUAUGAUAAACAGUUAUGGGAACAGUCAGUAGAACGGAAACUACAGAGGGCACCAGCUAACGUUCACCAUGCACCUAGAAAGAGUGUUCGUGUUAAAACUGAGUUUAUUGAUGUUGAUUUAAUUAGAGGUUCUACAUUUUCUAAAACCAAGCCACAAGCACCAUGGACGUAUAUCACCAGAAAAGCUAUAAUACGAGUUUUUCUUCUUCCAUUCUGUUACAGAUGGUGGAUACAACAAACAUCAGCCUAUUUUUUCGCCAUGUUGUUCCUCCUGUACUGUUCCCAAGUUUUCACUCUAUUUAUUUACUAUGGAAACAGCGGAGAAGCCAUUGUACAGGAUGAGUUAACAGUGUCAGAAGUAUUUUUUCCAAUCAUCAUUACAUUUAUAUUGGGUUUAAUCCACUCACAGACAGUUUUAUCACAUUACUCACAUAAACCUCCUGUUAGAGACAUCAAACUCAGAAACAUAUCAAAAGCCAAACGAAGGGCAAAAGAAUCAGGCAUACCACCGACAGUUAAUGAACUUGUAACCAACUCAUCGUCAGUUGUACGGGAAACAAUAGAUAACAGUGCCUUAACCAAAGAAAGUAGCUCACUAACGCUUUCCUCAAAUCUGUCUCAGAAUGGCACCAAUACUCAAUCUAUAGUGGUUAACUCCCCAGAAUUAUCUUUAAGGGGAGAUAACCCUCAGGCUGGUUGUGAUAGGGAUUUAUCUCAGGGAAAUGAGGGUAAAAGUUCCAUUAGGCGAAAGAGUAUAGAUAGUGCGAUCACUAAACACUCAACAACUGCUAGUCGAUCUGAUUUGGAGAAUGUGGACACAGCAGUGACCAUUGAAUCAUGUCCCAAUCGUAAAUCAAAUGUUUCAUUUGAUGAAAAACCCAAGAGUAAGCUCAGUAAAAAUCUCAACGAAAUUAAUCAGUUACAAAAUAAUUACGAGGCUUCAAGCAACAACUUCGAUUUAACUUCUUUAGUGUCUAAGCCUUGUUUGGGGUGUUUGCAGUGUUGUGGUGAAAAGUGUCACAAAGUUUUGCAUCAUGUUGGUACACACGCAUAUGAAUCACUGUGUGAAAAUCAUGAAAGUUUGUCAGACAUUGAACAAGUCUCGGAUGAAGUAAAUUUAGUGGAAACUGACUCUGAGGACGAUUGUCCAAACAUUACACAUUACGAGGAAUCCAAUCAAAUGUCUGGGUUUGAAUCACGAAUAAAUGAAGAGUGUUGUCCAUCAAACAGCAAAUAUGAUGAUUUGAGCAGGAAACAUAAUUUCCUCAUAAGCGGCGGACAAUCUACGCAGGUGAGAAAAAGAUUUACAUCACUUCAGACAGAAGACUUAGGGGAGGUUUCUGAUUGUGAAUGCAUCGAUGAGGAAGUAGUGGCACAAGUUGAAGCUAAUUGGAGAAGGAAAAGGAGGUUAAGCACAGCAAGAAGUACAGAUCUUAGUGAAAUUGCACGAUCGAGAGUUGUGCCUUCUAAAUUGACUUUUUUCAGUGAACACAGUUUAAGUCGUAGAGGAGUAAAUUCAUUGGAAAAUGAUCCUUCACAGUCUACUCCAGAAGAUGGCAAUCGGGUUGCAAUCAGUACAGAAGAAUGGGAAGAUAGAAUACAAUCAGAUUUAACUACAUCGUCUUCGUAUUCAACUAGUUGUGAUUCAGCUAACGAACUUAGUGAUGGUGAAUCAAUCAAUCAACAAGAAAUAGUUGAUUUACAUCAGGGUUGGACAUCUUCAAGUUUGAAUGUUAUAAACCUACUACAACCUCCUACAGCAUCAAACAUUGGAGUCAGCCAUGCCCCUCCAGAUAAAGUGAGCUGUGUUAUAUGGGAAGGCAAUGAGUGUAAAAAAGUUGACCUGACAGCAUUAGAUAUCGGUUGGGCCAUUAUUGAUAAAGUCGACAACCUUCCAGAAAGUUCUGACUAUAUUUGGAUUGGCAUUUGUUUCUCUUUUUUGAUCGGUUGUGUUCCCCUUGCCUUCCGUGCAUACCAUACCAAAGAAUUACCCAGUGUUCUUAGCUACAGUUUUCUUAUUAAAUUAUUAGAAACUGCAUACCCAUCAUCUUGGAGGAGAAAUGUUCUCAUGGUGAAUGGAAUUGUUCAAAGAUUGUGUUUGAGUUUAAUUUUCUUCUUUUUAUUAUCUGUGGCUGAUCGAACAUUUAAACAGGGCUCUUGGUCAUAUCUGCCAGUCCUGAUCGACUGCCAUUGAAAUUGACCAGCCUAAGAAAAUUUACCUGUCAGACAUUCACUUGCCAAAAUGUAAGGUACAUUAUAUAGGAUUAACUAUAAAAC